AUGAUAUUUGGACCUACUAGUGUCUAUAGUAAGUGCUCGGCCAAGUCAAGCGGUAUCAUUAAAGACACCGCCAAGCUUCCAAUAUCACGAGUAAGGAUCAAAGUUAUGUUAGAGAUAACUGUGAGUUUUUUAUUUUUUGAUCGAUUUCCAAGAUCAUUCCUCAAUCAUAAUCUAUAUGAUUCAAUAUGUCCUUUCUUUGCGUGGCAAUAUACCUCAUAUUAUCUUUCUAUUUACAGGCAGUCCUUUCUAUUUCAUUUCUUACAAAAGGAUUUUAGCAACGACUUCGUCUCAGAAGAGUUAAUAUAUGCACUAGUUGCACUAGGCGCAAAAAAUUCCUUUGACAAUAGCCUUUCAAAGCAUACAUAUGAAUAUUACAACCACUCAAAGAGAAAUUUACUGGAAGAUUCGACAAAUAAAAAUUCAGCUUUUUCAAGUGCAAGCGUAACAAAGCCAUAA